AUGGGCCUGCGUGUCUCUCACCACGGCUAUGGCACUCUGCCGGACAGACUCGACGCUGUGGAGCCCUUUGUCCGAGAGCUGUUCGAGGAGCUUCGAACUCGCUGUGAAGAGGAGAGAAUGCAAUAUGCUCUUGCUGGCCAGACGCCGUCCCCGCACAAAGCGAACUUUUGGCUGGCGCACACGGACCCCGAAAGAAUCUCGAGUUAUGUCUUCAAGUCGCGGUUGUUUCUCCAGGGUUUUGACGACUUCCGCUGCGGCAGUCAGAUCUCCAAGGAGCAAUUGCGCUUUGCAGUGCUGGUGCAGCACUUUGCCUCGCAGGAUACACUGGAUUUCCAGCGAACUCGCACUGAAAGAAUGCACGAUGAUGUGUUUGAAGGUGUCCUCACGCAAGGCGUCAAUACGCAACUCAUGACGGACGCUCAUCGCGCCGAGUGGGCCGUGGAUGGGGCAGCCUUCGUCUUCUCUGACAGUGACAGGGAUGUGCAGAAUGAUGAGGAAAGGAAGCAAGCCCUUCUCGAUUUUCGCAUGGAGCUGGUUACGGCCCUGGAGCAGUUCCUCAUCGACUUUUGCAAACGGCGUCAGCUCACAGAACAUGGCACAUUGUGCCUCCUCCAAGCCGUUACAACCCAAAUGUCGCAGUGUGGAUUGGCCAACCUGGAUCGCUGCUCCAGAGCAGGCGAGUACAUGGUGGGUGGAGCACGUCUCAAGCAACACGUGAAUUACAACAUCUCGUGUAUGGACGCCGGCCCAUUGGGCGAGGCGCUAAAGCUGACACUAGGCUGCCUCAAGGAAGGCUUUCAGUUCAUCCAGCGGACGGUGCAAGAUCAUGCUGACGAUGCCAUGGGCGACGAUAUCUCAACACAAGGUUGUGACCCAUCUUCGCGGAUGUACCAAUGCGCCACCCUCCGGUUCACAACCAAGCUGGGCCUGGAAUCGCCCCAUGGCCAAGACCAGAUCCAGUGCGACGUUAUAGACGUGUAUGACGAGGUCUUCAUCAAGAGGACAUGA